CGGCUGGUCCAGAUGUCGUCAUCACAACGCGACGGCCAUCUGUGUCAAAUUAAAAGUCUUGCUCAAUACAGUAUACCACAUACUUACAUGGUUAAAAACAUUGGUGUGUGUGAACGUCGUUGUUCCUUCAAAGCAGCGGGAUUAUUAGAAAACAACAAUGUGUCGACAAAAGCAGUUUUGCUUCCGAGUAUUUUAAGGUCUGCACGUCGAGGACGCAACGCUGUGGGGAUCAGGAAUACAGACUUGACUGCAUAUUUGCAUCCAAUGUCGACCGACCGGCCAAGUUGAUAACCUUGGAUUUUCUUGGCUAUGCACAUCAACUGAUGCAUCAAGUCCUUGGGCGGACGAAUGCAAAAACCUGUGAUUUGAGGGCGGCCUUAAAGACUCCAUGUCUUUCUUGGACUGCUCCUGUAUCUCCCAUACCCAAGUCCAGCCCAUGGACAUAGAGGAGUGCUAUGAGGACACCAGUCUGCAGCUCUUGCAGGGCUCUUUGUGUGCCUCUGAAGGGCAGACCGCGGGGGGCGGUGACGGCAUCACAGCGUUGUCGGCUGAACCUGCCCACUACCAGUUCCUAGCCGAGCUCGGGAGGGGUUUCAACAACCUGAGCCAGGUGCACAUGGCACGUCACACCCCGACCGGCCAGCUGGUGGCGGUCAAACAAACCAACCUGGAUGAGUGCACUGAGGAGGAGCUGCUGCAGCUCAUGAAUGAGGUUCUUCUGUCUCGGAGGUUCCGUCAUCCGAGUCUGCUGACGUCUCGACUCGUCUUCAGCUUUUGCUGCCAGCUGUGGGUCCUCACGCCACUCAUGGCCUACGGGUCUGCACACUCCCUACUCAGAACCUAUUUCCCUGAUGGAAUGAGCGAGUCUCUUAUAGCUUAUUUGCUUUAUGGCGUGCUGCAAGCAUUGGAGUACCUGCACCGCAUGGGCUACGUUCACAGGGGGGUAAAGGCCAGUCAUAUCCUGCUGUCAGAAGAGGGGCGUGUCUACCUGUCAGGACUCCACAGUGUUUACAGUAUGAUGCGUGAGGGGAAGAGAAUGCGGGCGGUGUUCGACAUGCCUCAUCACAGCCCCGCCCUGCUACCGUGGCUCAGCCCUGAACUACUGCAACAGGAUCUCCGUGGUUACGGAGUGAAGUCGGAUAUCUACAGUUUGGGUAUCGCCGCCUGUGAAUUAGUGAGCGGAAGGGUGCCUUUCCAGGACAUGGUCCCCACUCAGACGCUGCUUCUGAAGCUGCGCGGCUUGCACCGCUGCCUGCCAGACACGGCCCCCUUCCCGCUGGGCGAGCUGGGGGGUCUCAAGGUGUCGCGCUCGGGGGUGGACUCCGGCAUGGGAGAGAGCGCCGCUACCGGAAGCGCCACGCACAGCACCAGCGCCCCUCCGCCUGCCGCAGAUGUCCUGCGGAGCCCCGCGCCCAAGAACCACUCGGCCACCCUGCACAGUUUGGUGCAGCAGUGCCUGGAGCAGCAGCCCGAGCGCAGACCUUCAGCCUCUGACUUGUUGACUCACGCCUUCUUCAAGCAGGUGAAGAGACACACCAGAGACUCCUUCCUCAGCCUCGUGUAUCCAGCGUUGCCGCUCACCAGCUCAGGGGGGGCUCCAUUGUCCUGUCCCCCCGCCCCAUCCUGCCACGCUCCAACAGGAGCCUCCAAGGGUGUUUGUGCUGAGGUGGUGUGGGACUUCUCCUAACCCAACUCCAGGAGAACUGAACCGGGAAAAAGCGUUGAUGGUUUGAACUCCUCCUUUUGUUUUUGUGAUCAUUACCAACUGAGCCUUUACGAUUAUUUUGAUAUUUUUUUAAUGUUGUUUUUGUUUUUUUAUAUAUUUACACGAGGAAACUGUGAACAUGUGAGCGCCAAGAUGCUGCUGUCAUCAUCUCAUGAAGAAUAAUAACAACAGCAUAUAAAAGGUAUUUGUUUGCCAGGGCAGAGUAGGGAUCCUCAGUAUUUGCUGAUUUCGUACCUUUACCACCUUACAAAGAUAUGAACAGUCAUUGAAGCGAAGAAGGUUUCUCUGGGUUGUGAGAUCGUCUCCAAGGAUGCACUGGUUUGGAGCGGUCAAAGGUGUAGGGGGUGUGUUCAAGUGGAAGAACACGGCAGGUUGUUCUCUUUGGUGGAUUUAUUAAGGUUUAUGAUGUGGUACUGUAAUAACAUACAUACAAGACAAAUACACAAUAAAUGAUGAGUAAAGUAACAUAACUCACAUUACACAAACAUAAUGAUCAGCCAAAGGCACGCUACACACAGAAAUCAACAAAGAAACCAAGCAAACAUGGCGCUCACUAGAACAACAGUUAGUCAUUGUUAGCUUAGCUACUGAUAUUAGCACCGAUGAACAAGGGAGCCUGACUUCGUGAAAAGGGUGCCCAAACAACUCCACAGCUCCCACAAUAGAGCCAAAAUAUCACCUCUAUGCAUUCACGCACAGUAUCAAUCUUGUGAAAUGGUGAAAGAGGCUCAAGAAGGCUGAGAUGUAUGAAUCGCUCAAGCGGCAAAACGGCCGCAUUGUGGUGCGUUUACUGACCUCUGAAAAAGUAGGACAAACGACACUCAAAGCUGAACAUUAUCAAUGAUACAAUGUAAUGUAAAGUACGGCCUUUCUAACAGUCAUAUUUAUUCUACCAGAGACAGAAUGGAACAUAACAUCUGACACAUACUGUAUUCAUAAGGGGGUGACGUUACAAAUAUUUACUGAUAUGUUGACUAAUUCCUGCAACAAUAAGUCUCUCGUGACGUGAACACAAUUGUUGUUUCCUGUGUGCAGAGUUUGAUAUUGUCGCUGUCGUUUGUGUUCAAAAUCCAAAACAAUAGGUAUACUUUACCGCGUAUUAUUAUAACGCAGUAGCCUUGGGCUGUGCAUCUCCUGCUGUGCCGGGUCCUACGGUUGCGUGUACGACUCUGACCACCGCCUCUUACAAAAUGUGAAGCCUUUCAGCAUGGAUGUCAGUUAUCCAACAAGAAGCCCCCCACGGGGAAAGUCUGGACAUAUACAGUACAGUACAUACAUUAUACAAAACUUUCAUAAUAUAUGUAAAAAAAAAUAUUAUAUAUUGCAUUACACUGUAUGUAGACUAUAGCUAAUUAAAAUUAUAUCUAUUGAAUACAAUUUGUAGUUAUUUUUGUAAAAAUUUGUAUAAUCUGUGCAUUCACGCUUAUGUGUCCAGACUUAAGGGGCCGCCCUGUAAGGCAGGGUUAUUCAACUAAAUUAUUCUGGGGGGGCACAGUUCUCCCUUCACUAUUAUUAUUUUGUAUAUGAUGCCAAUACUAAUAUCUGCCAUACCCUUUGAAUGCAGUCCUUCCCAUACACUUUUAUCUGUGGCCCGUCACAAAUACAUUUGGACCGCCACAGAUGCAGUAGAUUUGGUGCUUACAUUUUUUUUUUUUUUGAAAUAUCUGCCAUACCUUUUAAAAGUUUUAAUGCAGUCCUUCCCUGACACUUUUAUCUGUGGCCCGUCACAAAUGCAUUUGGACCGCCACAGAUACAGUAGAUUUGGUGCUUAAAAUUGUUUUAAUGUUUUAAUUUUUUUUAGACACGAUGCACACACACAACUUACUUGGUUGUGUUUUAUUAUAACCCACAAUCCAACUUCUUCACAACAACAGGAGCGCUCUGCUGUUUUUGAGAAGCUAAUCCAAAAUAUCUCAUCAAAGAUCCACUUUACGAUAGCGUUCCCGUUUUUUUUUAAUCAGUCCCCUCCCAAGUUUUGACUGGAACUCGCAGGCCAUGCAGUCAGGUGUCAAUCCCGGGUCGGUUUUGGCCAGUCGAAUAGCCCAGCUGCAGGGCAUAUUUGUAUGAAACCCACGCUGUGUUAAUGGUGUUACUUGCCAUUUACAAUAGUUACUCAGUGUUCGAGUGCGUGUUGUACGUGGCGUAUACGUGGAAGAGAAAACCCUUCCUUCCCUGAUCAGCUGCCUAAAGAAAUGGUGUCAAAUGAGCGGUGAAGCAACAUUGGCUUCACAAGGAGACCUGUGUGUCACUCUUGAUUCUGUGCACUGUGAUCGUCAACUACACUUCCAACAUGAAAGUAGACAAUUAUUAAAAACUAUAUGCAAA